AGUGAUUUUUAUUCCGAUGUAGAUUAUUAAGGCCUUAGUGCAUAAUUUGAUAAGAUUAUUAUAAGAAAUAUAUAUAUCCAUAGAAUUAGAAUAAGAAAUUGAGUAUAAUGAAUAGUUUAAAAAAUCUUAUACUAUCCUACGAAAAGUGGGUUGCGUCUAAUCCCGACAUAGUAUGCGAUUUGGAAACAACGUCGAAAUGGGUGUCGUAUUUUAUUGCAGGUCGCAUUUCGGAUUCGAAUGUUGUGUCCGAGUUAAUAUACACUCUAUCCAAUAUGUUAGUACUUUACAAUGAUCGCAUUAUUGCUCAGUCGCAGCCUCAUGUCGAGCAAAACUCACCGAAAAGUAAUAGCACUUGCUAUCGGUUAAAGGUCAUAUUAACCACGUUAGAAUAUAGUGAAGUGUUUAUUGAAAUAUCUGCGAAACGUAUUUUUGGAAACAGGGGUAAAUGGAUAUUUAUUGCUUUAAUUCAAUUCGUAAAAGCUGCUGGACGUUUUUUUAUACUGAAACAUUCCACUGACAAAAUAAUAAGAUCACCAGCGUUACCAAGUUUGAAUAGACGUGUUAUGAAAAAACAACAACAGCAGCUUAGAAGUAAUGGCAUAGCAAAUGCGAAUGGUAGUAAAAACCUUGUAGAGGAACAUAGCAUCACAUUACAACUUAAGCGAUCUGGACGCGUUAUACGCAAAGUUGAAGGAGCUCCACCUUUGCAGUAUAGAAGCUUAAGUGUGUUAAAAGAAGAAAAAGCACUGAAUGAAUGCCGCACAAUUGAUUUUAAUACAGAUAAAUCGCAAGCGCUAUUAAAAGCGGAGUAUUUAUAUAUAGCAAAACCACUAAUACAUCUAGCUGCUAUCGGUGUGUUUGGUGAAAAGCGAUGGAAGCAAUACACAGUUUCAUUAUUAUUAGACUUAUUGAGUAUACGACUCUAUUAUAAAAAUCGUGAAUUGAUGAACAAGGAACAGAAACUGGAAUUAUCACGUAGAAGCGUUAACCUAUUGUUAUAUCUUGCACGUUCACCCUUCUAUGAACGAUACACACAAAGGCGAAUUGAACGUGUGCUAGAUUUCGUAGCCAAUAAUAUACCAUUGGUGAGAAUGAUUGCGUCUCCUCUGAAGGAAUAUAUCCCUCACUGGCAAGAUACAUACUUUUACCUGUGGUCAACGUAAAUUAUUAUUAUUACUCCUUAUUUUUGAUAAUUAUUUGCAGUUAGGUACUGGGUUAGGGAUUGAUUUAGUGUUUAAAAUUUGAUGUACGAAUAAGAAUAAAAUAACGAGUGUUGAUACGAUUGGUGUAAUAUAUCACUUUUCUAAUAAAUAAAUACAUUAU